AUGGCAGCUGGAGGCGGGGAGGUGGUCGCCGGCGGCGAGAAAUGUGGAGAAGGGGGCGGGGAAUUGCGUGGCUCGGCGGCGGCGAGGGAUAGGGGGGCGGUCUUACAGCAGGGCGACGGCCGGCGAUGCGAGGCAACGGGGUCGGCGACGGGGACGGGCCGGGGGCGGCGCGCGAUCGACGACGCGGACGGGCGCGCGCGGCGACGGGGCGGCGACGGGGGGACGGGCGCGGCGAUGGGGACGGCGACGGCGACGGGGACGAGGACGGGCGCACACGACGGGGGCGGCGACAGAGACAGGGCGGCGACGGGGACGGGCGCGACGACGGAUCAACAUGUCUGCGGUAGCAACCAGAAGUGGACGAUUUUAGUGCUCCUUGCAGCAAGUCUGCAGGUAGCCGCUGCCGAGCAAGAGCAUGAGCAUCCUCCCAUCACAAUCGAUCCGGGCUGCCCCAGCCAGUGCGGUAGGAUGAGAAUUCCGUACCCAUUUGGCACGAAAGUUGGCUGUUUCCUCCCGGGCUUCCAGAUCACCUGCAACAACACCUUCGUUCCUCCUCGCGCCUUCCUUGGAUCUUCCUUCCUAGGCGGAGCAAUCCAGCAUAUUAUCAGUGGGAACUACUCUAUGGACGAUCCAGAUACUAUCCAGGUGGACGACCGGAUGGAUACAACGCCGAUGGAGCUCAUGGACAUCUCGGUCUCCCUUGCUGAAGUUCAGGUAUUCGGCGCGGUCAGCUCAGAUUGCCAAGGGAAGCAACCCUGCCAUUUCUACAUUCGUCGAAGAACGUAUGUCCCCUAUGAGGGGCCUUUCCUCAUCUCGGCGAGCCGCAAUGUCCUCACCGGUGUCGGCUUGAAUGUCGAGGCCGAGUUGACCACUUCCAUGUAUGGCUCGAACUCCCUAGACAGUUGCACUUCAGUGCCCAACUCAAUGGCAAUCGCGAAAGAAGGGCCGUGCAACGCGCAAGGCUGCUGUGAAGCCGCCGUCCCCCCAGGAUUGAAUUCCAUCAUGGCCAUGGCCGACAAGAAGAGGACUGAUUGGCGGAAGACCAACGCCAACUGCUCCUUUGCGAUGGUGGUGCAGAAGACAUGGUACAACUACUCCUUGGAGGAUGUCCAUGCAGACGAGGCAUCCUUCUCCAAGAAGUACCCGAGGGGCUUUCCCAUUGUUCUGGACUUCACCAUUGGAAAUAGCUCGUGCCCAGCGCAGGGCCAGCCGCUACCUCAGGGCUAUGCAUGUCUCAGCGGCAACAGCUCGUGCGUGGAGGCAACCAACAGGACCAGUUAUGUCUGCAAGUGUUGGGAGCACUACGAUGGCAAUCCUUACAUCCCUGGUGGUUGCCAAGACAUCAAUGAGUGUGCCCUCCGAGAGCAGUAUCCUGAACUCCGAGAUCAGUAUCCUUGUUCAAGUGGCGGGAUCUGCAAAAACAGACUCGGUGGCUAUGAUUGCCCAUGCAAAACUGGGAUGAAAGGCGAUGGCAAAACAGGAACCUGCACCGAGAAAUUCCCUCUACCAGCUAAGCUGGCUACAGGAUUUGCUGCCUUGAUUGCUUUCUUCGUCCUCAUUGUUCUGACCUACCAACAGAUAAAACUCAAAAGAUUCUACGACCAAAAUGGUGGUCCGGUACUAAAAGGUGUAAGGAAUAUAAGGAUCUAUACAAGGAGACAACUUAAGGAAAUAACAAAUAACCACCAGGAUGUCAUUGGAGAAGGUUACUUUGGUAAAGUUUAUAUGGGGGCUCUUAAAGAUGAAAGCAAAGUGGCUCUAAAGAAAUCUAUCAAAGUUGACAAGGACAUGAAGAAAGAAUUCACUGAUGAGGUUAUAAUCCAAUCCCAAAUGAGGCACAAGAACAUUGUUAGGCUCCUUGGGUGCUGCUUACAAAUGGAUGUGCCCUUGUUAGUGUACGAGUUUGUAGUGAGAGGCAGUCUAUAUGAUGUUCUCUUUAAUCAUAGAGAUAUCGUUAUAGUGGAUAAACGUUUGAAGAUUGCGGUUGGAUCAGCUGAAGGUUUAGCAUACAUGCAUUCAGCAGGGGAGAGUACUAUCCGUCAUGGUGAUGUUAAAUCUGCCAAUAUUCUUCUUGAUCAAUAUUUCACUCCAAAAGUUUCAGACUUUCGAACUUCGAAGCUGCUUGCAAGAGGAAAAGACGAGAAGACUGAGCGUGUCAUUAGGGACAUGAGUUACAUAGAUCCAGUAUAUAUGCAAUAUGGGACUGUUACGCAAAAGAGCGAUGUGUACAGCUUCGGUAUAGUUCUCAUAGAGCUUGUCACGAGGACGCCCGCGACAUAUGAUGAAGGGAGGAGCUAUGUUGCAAAGUUUGUCCAGGCAACUCAUGAUAAAAGAGUAAGUGAGCUCAUUGACAACGACAUUACAAGCCAGAUUGAUAUUAAACUAAUGGAAAUGGUCAGCGCAGUUGCUGUGGAUUGUCUAAAACCAAAUCCAAAUGAACGCCUAGAUAUGAAACAAGUAGAACAACUUCUUGACAACAUUAUUGGACAAUCUGCUCAGCCUGCCCAGGACAUAAAUAACCAAGGAAAUCCUAAUUCUACUCCAGCUAAUGUUGCUUUGCUCACGCUAGGGUUCCCCCGCCGCCGCCGCUGCGGCAGGAGCCCGCCGUCGCCGCCAGUCCCUUCCCCCUUCUGUUCCCCUUCUCCUUCCCCCCUCCCUUCCCCGUACCCCCGCGUCGCCUCCCCAAGCGAGGCGACCGGGGGCUCCCGCCCCGCCCUUCCCAGCGGCCCCUUCCCUUCUCCUCUUCCCACCGCCGCCGGCCUGGGCCACCGGGCCUUGCUCGUGUGGUGCCGCCAGCGGCGGCCCCGUUCUUUCCCCCCGCGCAGCGCCACUGCUCGGGCGACUGGCGGUGCACUUCGGCGACAGCGGAUCCGGCGGCGGCGUGGCCCCUUGGGGAGCGCGGUGCCGGGUGGCGAGGUGGCGGCGGCGUGGCUGCUUGGCAACGGGGUGUUGCGGUGGCUGGCGGCGGCGCCCUCCCGGCCCAGAUCGGGGCCCUUUUUGGCCCCAUCUGGGUCUGGGCGGGCCCGGCCGGGGCUUCUCGGCGGCGUCUCCGGUGGACGGCUGGGCGACUCGUACGGGGGGUGGCAGUGA